GCUUCUCUCUGGAGAGAAAGUCUCUUCCGGAUCUAAAAUUUCAUCCCCCGCAUUCCCGGAAAUUUUUCUCCUCCCAAUAUUCCUUGUCUCCUGGUUCCCGCCAUUUUUGUUUGCGGACACUUUGCAAUUGCUUCUGUUCCCCUUCGCGCACAAAUUCCUUUUCCUACUCCGGCGUAACGAAUCUCAUUUUUCCCUACCUUUAAUUUCGUCCGUCUUUUCUCACCGCAUCAAUUGGCCUUUGGAAUUGGGUACAAUCGUUAUUAACAUGGACGAUUUUGGUGUUUUGACGGAGCAGUAUGGUUUGAAGCCGCAAGGGAAAUCGGCUCCGAUGGCCGCAUCGAAACGACCCACCACCGCUAACAGCAAUGCCCCAACUCGGAAUUUUGGGUUUGAUUCGGGUUUGGGUCAAAAACCCACCUCAUACUCCUCAAAAUCUUCUUGGAAUUCGGCUCCUGUUAAUGAUAACGAUGAUAACGACAUUUUCUUCCAAUCGAUACCCAAGCAAAAACCCCAGAAUUCUUUUGGUCUUGGGGAGGAUUUGGGUGACAUUUUUGGUGGAUUCCAGAAGUCCACAAAGCAAUCGGGUUCAAGUAAUCAUGGUAAUGGUGGAUCUUCCUUUGAUUAUGAUUCCAUUUUUUCAAAUUCGGGUGGAAAAUCUUCGUCAAUGAAUUUGUAUGAUGAUGAUGUGUUUGGAGGAAUGCCUGGAUUGAAGAGUUCCCAGAAUGCCAAUCAUGAUGAUAUUUUUGCCUCCUUCACCUCAUCCAAGAAUCAAAAUGCUGCGACAGAUGAUUUGUUGGGGGAUUUUGGAGGAAUGGGUGUGAAAUCGAAGAGUUCCAGCAGGAAUGGAUCUUGGGAGGCGGGGCAAAAUGAGGCUGGUUUCGAUGAUUUGAUACCUGGGUUUGGUGGAAGCAGCCCUCCAAAUAAUGGUAAAAAUAUUAAAACAACUGAGUCAACAUUCAAAUCAGUAGAUGAUCCUUUUCUAGUAUUUGAGUCAGCUUCAAACCCAGCAUAUGCUUCCUCCGAGCCCCCAGCAGACCCACUGGAUGUGUUCAGUAAUCUCAAUAAACAUGGGGGCACAAAACCUAGUGGUUCUUCAAAUUCUUCCUCACUGUUAAGGCCUCCUCCAAAACCUGGACAAGUUUUGAGGCCAGAUAAAGUUAAGAGUUCAGGUGCAUCUUCAAUAGAUGAACUUGAGGACUUUGCCAUGGGUAGGAUGCAUAAUAAGGCUAGUAGAUACAAGGAAGCUGAAGAUGCUGCCCAAAAGACUCAACAGAAGGGUGAAGAUGAUCUAGAAUCCUUUUUUGGUACAAGUUACCGGUCAAAUAGUGUACCAAAAUCUAGGGCAACAACUUUGGAUCCCAUAUUUGAAGCAAAAGUACAGAACAGAGAGCAGAAGGCAUCUACCAAGGUAUCAUCCAGCACAAAAAAGGCAUCUACUGCCCCUAUGACAAAUAUGGUAGAUGACCUGUCUUCAAUUUUUGGAGCUGCCUCAAUGUUCGGAGAAUUUGAGGAAGUGGAAGGGGAAAGUGAAGAAAGGCGUAGGGCUAGAUUGGAACGUCAUCAUCGGACCCAAGACCGAGUGGCAAGAGCAGUUUCUGAUAUGAACCAGCGUGACCUUCAAACACAGUAUGAACAAGAAGAGAGGCGUAGAAUUGCCGAGACUCUAGAUUUUGAGAUAAAACGCUGGGCUAUGGGGAAGGAAGGAAAUAUGCGUGCCCUUUUAUCUUCAUUGCAACAAGUGCUCUGGCCAGAAUGUGGUUGGGACCCAGUUUCACUUACUGAUCUGAUUACAUCUACUUCUGUUAAAAAAGUCUACAGAAAGGCAACAUUAUUUGUUCAUCCUGAUAAGGUUCAACAGAAAGGCGCCACUCUUGAACAGAAAUAUAUAGCGGAGAAGGUUUUCGAUAUCCUCAAGGAAGCUUGGAACAAGUUCAACAAGGAAGAACUUGCUUAAGAUACUGAAAGGUUACUCAUUGGAAGAGCCAAACCACUUCUGUUGCGCAGUUGAGCAGAUUUCACAUAGAUCACAAGAUGCAGGUUUUGCACUGGAAGAGUUAAUCACACAUAUUUGCAAACUUUAAAGCAAGACUAGCUCAAUGACCCAUUAUCCACAAUGAAACUUUCUGUCUAAAGGUGUGAGCAAUUAUAAGGACCACAUUUUGUGUAAAUUAAGGUUCCGUGCGAACAGGUGCAUUCCACAGGGUUUAUUGAACCUACCUUACACGGUAUUUCUGCAAUGUCAAUCAUAGCAAAGAUUUUU